AAGCAGCCAACCGCGUCAUUGAAGGACAGCCGGCCUCGUUUUUCACGCCCCUGGUGGGAGGUGGAGCCUUUUUCCAGCAGCAGCAUCUCCAUCGGACCAAAACCAGGUUAGUGCUCAGACUUGUCUUUCAAGUGUACUUUCUCCUAGCUAGUGUUCUAGCAACCCGCUUCAUCUUGCCUUGAAUCUCUGGACUGUGACAAGAACACCUUCAACCUUCUCUCAGCUUCAUUAUUUGUGUUCCUCGGAGCGUUUCUUCCUGGAUUUUUUCAGACUUUUCCUCACUAUCUUAAUCGCCAGAACAGUGCGCCGGGAUCUGACUCCUGAUGUAUUAUCCUGUUUUGGUGGAAUAAUCAUUCAGUCACAAGUUAUAACAGCAAGACUUGUUGAAGGCACUAUUCAAUCCGUGGGAAAGAACGCGACAAAAAAAAGGAUGUUCGUUAUCAUCUAAAAGUGUUUGGUGUUCUUCUCAGAAAACAGAGCUAACAUGGACGAUGAGUCUGGCGGACAUAAUAAGCCAGAGAAGAGCAUAUUACACAAUCAACGUUUGAAUCUACAGAGUCUUUCAUUAAAAGAUAUGAGAGAGGUCACAAAUGAUUUCUCUGAUGAGAGGCUACUUGGACAAGGUGGUUUUGGUAGGGUGUAUAAGGGAGUUCUAGCAAAUGGGGAUACAAUAGCUGUGAAGAAGCUUACAUGGACAACGUCAGGACUUCAGGAUAAGCAAUAUGAGAACGAAGCCCGUCAUCUCAUGAGGCUUAAACAUCCAAACAUAGUGCAACUUGUAGGAUACUGUUCUGAAACAGAGAAGGAACUUGUACAACUGCCCAACGGGAAAUACGUUUAUGCUGAGAAGUCAGAAAGGCUGCUUUGCUUGGAGUACAUGCCUAAUGGAAGCCUCUGCAAGCAUCUUUCCGAUGCAUCUUCUGGACUUGAUUGGGAUACACGCUACAAAAUUAUUAGGGGUAUAUGCUAUGGUUUACAUUAUCUUCAUGAGGAGUGGCAAGCUGGUACCCCUAUUAUUCAUAGGGACCUUAAACCUGCAAACAUAUUGCUCGAUGAUAAUAUGGUGCCAAAAAUUGCUGACUUUGGUUUAUCUAGGCUCUUCGGUGAGCUACAAACUCGAACCAUCACAAAAAAUCAGUAUGGAACAUUGGGUUACAUGUCACCGGAAUACUUAAACAGAGGCAUAAUCACAAAGAAGUUAGAUAUAUUCAGUUUGGGCGUAAUAAUCAUAGAGAUAACUACAGGAGACAAGCACUACCCAGAUAAGGUCGAAACAUCAUCCCAGGAAUUCAUUGAGUUUGUACUUACGAACUGGAAAAAUAGGCUCGAAAAUGUACAAGGGUAUACCUCUCGAGAAUUUGAUUGCCAACAAAUAAGAAGGUGCCUUGAGAUUGGUCUACUCUGCGUGAAACUUGAUCGGGCAGAAAGGCCAACAACACGACAAAUUAUCGAGAUGCUCGCAUGGGGUGGUGCAGAAUGCAGCAGCAAGAGGGAGGUAAUUAAGGUUACCAAAAAAGAAAGUUUGGCACAUCCACGUUCCACUAGCAAUGUUGAUCAACACACCAGGGAGGUGUCGAAGAAGAGGAAGGUGCAGGAGAAGACGAGGGUUCAGAUAACCUUGAGGUCGGACCCCAGCAACGGCAACCCAAUAGACGACGGUUCCAGCUGGAGGAAGUACGGCCAGAAGAAUGUUCUUGGAGCCAAGUUCCCAAGGUCCUACUACCGAUGCACAUACCACCGUACAAUGGGAUGCUUGGCUGUGAAGUCGGUGCAGCGGACCGACGAGGACCCGAUGCUGUUCGACGUCGUCUACCAAGGCACGCACACGUGCGUUCAGAACGAGGGGUGGGGCGAAGCCACGCCGACACCGCCGCACGACAUGCGCGAAAAAAAUACAGUUGUGAUGGACAGAGCAAGACAUCGACUUGCUGGCAGUGGCGACGCCAGCCAAUCCAAUAUGAUAUCAUUCGGGGGACGGUAACAGCCUCGUCGGUGUUUUAUACCCCGCAACCUACCGUGAGGUCAACCGAUCUGUAUCCCAAGAUAGUAGAUUGGGCAGAGUUGGAGUAUCCACUGCUAGAAUAGCGAGCACUUAUGGUUGAAAACUGUCAGGAAACACCUGUGACCUGAAAACCGUUAGAGUGGCAUAAUACUCUACAUACUGUUUAGGGUGUUAUAUAUUGCACCAUGUGUUUGUGUGUUAUUUUGUCUAGUUUAGGUUUGAGGUCAUUCUGUCGAUCUAUGCACUCCUACCCUCCUUUAUAUAUUCUAGAGGGCGGAAUCAUUAGUCGGUUAGAAGGUACGAGUCUUAAUAGAAUUACAGGUACAAAUCUUA